AUGUCCCUCGUGGCUCUCCUCCGCCAUGGCCUCCGCCUCCUGCUGCCGCUGGCGGUAAUCUCGACCUUCUACCUCUACCUCUAUCCCGUCUUUCUGGGAUGCGCUUUUCCUGUCGCUCCAAGCGGCAGCGCAUCAACCAGUCCGAGCCACGUUGCCGACACCAGCGCCGCCGCUUUCCUCGAGGCUGCGCGACAGCAUAUCCCUCUUCCAGUUCCGCUCCGAUCGAGCGAUGCUCGCCCCGCGCCUUUCCGUCUUCUCGCGCUUGGGGACCCCCAGCUCGAGGGCGACACGUCCAUUCGAAAGCACAACGGCCCCAUCUUUCCUCACGCGAGAAGCUUUUGGUCCCAUGUGACCCUCCAGUCGAGUCAUUCGUUGCGCCAGCGCAUUCGUCACUCUCUGCACGACGUUGUCGAUGUGUUCUUGGAGGACGUCUUUGACGAGCUCGAGUCGAUUCGCAAGCGCAUAGACCUCUUUGGCAACGACUUUUACCUGGCACAUAUUUUCCGAACGGUACACUGGUGGACUGGCCCUACCCACGUCACGGUGCUUGGGGACCUGCUGGGCAGCCAGUGGAUUGGCAUUGAAGAGUUCCGGCGCCGCGGCCGCCGGUACUGGGAUCGCGUGGUGCGAGGGGCCGAAAAGGUUCCAGACGAAACCGCAGUGUUCCCGGCUAUGGAGUAUGACCUCACAGACUACCUUUCGGUGUCUGGUGAGCCCUCCGCCGUGUGGCCGCGUCGUGUCAUCAACGUGGCCGGCAAUCACGACAUUGGGUACGCAGGCGACAUCAACCAAGACCGGUUUGGGCGAUUCGAGCGCCUGUUUGGCAAGGCGAACUACGAGCUGCGCUUCGAGCUACCCAUUGAAGACCCGAAACUCAACGCCACAGUUGUGGAUGACGAGGAAAACCCAGAGUCGGAUCGCCUAUCCCCCGAGAUUCGCGUCAUUGUCCUGAACGACAUGAACCUGGAUACUCCGGCCAAAGACACGUCUCUGCAAGACGACACAUAUGCCUUUAUUAACGCUGUCAUUGAGACUUCAGCAGCUGUAGAAUACAGCGGUCAUUUCACCGUUGUGCUAACUCACAUCCCGUUGUACAAGCCUGAAGGUGUUUGCGUCGAUGCGCCCUUCUUCGACUUCCACGGUGACCACGACGGUGGCGGAGUCAAGGAGCAGAACUUGCUCUCGGCUGACGCCAGCAAGGGCUUUCUUGAGGGCAUUUAUGGCAUGAGCGGUAACACGGAAGCGCCCGGCAACGGCAGAGGUCGUCGCGGCGUGAUCUUGAAUGGACACGAUCACGAGGGCUGUGAUACGUAUCACUACAUCAACCAGACGAAAGCAGAUCAGGAUCGGUCAUGGCAGGUCGAGCCUUGGCCAACAGCCAAGGGUCGCGGCACAGUCGGCGCAGCUGGUGUUCCGGGGCUCAGGGAGAUCACGGUCAGGAGCAUGAUGGGUGACUUUGGCGGCAACGCCGGUCUUCUCAGCGCUUGGUUUGACGAGUCCUCGUGGAGCUGGCAGUUUGAAUAUGCAACCUGCGCCUUGGGCACCCAGCACUUUUGGUGGUUCGUUCACAUCAUCGACCUGAUUGCAAUCGCUGCACUUGGUGCUUACGGCGUCCUAUCUGUGAUGGCGACAAGCAGCGCGUCCGUUUCUUCACCAGUCUUGGUGGGAAAGAAAAUGGUUCAAAAUGGGGAGGCCAAAUCAUAA